AUGACUGCCACCAACUCCACAGAAGAUCACGCCGACGCUCAAGUCGACGAUGAGACGACGGCAUUGCUUGUCGUCCCCACUGCUUCUCAGGACCAGGAGAAUGGCCCCAGCAAUAAGACUAUCGACGAGGACAAGCCGUUACCCAAACAGCAGAUCUUUUUCCUCUGUUUUGCUCGCCUGGUUGAACCUAUUGCAUUCUUCUGUAUCUUUCCCUUUGUUAACCAGAUGAUCUGGGACACGGGCGAAGUCGCGGAGACCGAUGUCGGAUUCUACAGCGGCUUAAUCGAAUCACUAUUCUCAUUAACCCAAAUGCUGCUCAUGAUCCCUUGGGGCAAGGCAGCGGAUCACUGGGGAAGAAAACCGGUCCUGGUCUCCUCACUGGCCGGUGUGGCGGUUGCAACGGCCGUCUUUGGUCUGAGCAAAUCGAUAUGGCAAAUGAUUUUGUUCCGAUGUUUUGCCGGCCUGUUCGCUGGGACUGUCGUAACCAUCCGAACAAUGAUCACCGAGAACAGUACACAAAAGACCCAAGCUCGAGCAUUCAGUUUCUUCGCGUUUACUGGUAACCUGGGUAUCUUUCUGGGCCCUAUCCUCGGAGGCGCACUCGCGAACCCAGCAACAGAAUACCCAUCGGUGUUGGGCCACAUCAAGUUCUUCCACGACCACCCUUACGCACUUCCCACGUUCGUGACGGGUUCCAUUGGAGCGAUUGCUACAAUCACAAGCGCGAUAUGGAUUGAAGAAACGCUUGUCCGGAAAUCGAGAUCAUUCUCCGAUUCCUCUGACUCGCAACCACGCAUGACGACCCUCGAACUCCUACGCGCCCCCAACAUCCCAAUAACACUCUACAUCUACGCGCACGUGAUGCUUCUGGCGUUCGCGUAUACGGCCAUUGCACCCGUCUUUUUUUUUACGCCCAUCAAGCUAGGCGGCUACGGCUUCAGCCCCUUGCAGAUCUCUGUGUUCAUGGGCAUCGGCGGCCUAAGUCAGGCGCUAUGGCUCCUCAUCGCGUUCCCCUGGCUCCAAGCACGCAUGGGCACCGCGGGCGUGAUGCGUCUCUGCGCCACAGCGUAUCCGUUCUUCUUUGCCGUCCUACCGCUAUGCAACAUCCUCCUGCGUAACCACUGGACUGCGGCGUUCUGGGCCAUUGCCCCCGUCAGCCUCUGUGUGGGUAGCGGCGUCAGCAUGGCGUUCACGGCGAUCCAGCUCGUGCUUAACGACGUGAGUCCGGGGCCCGAAGUGCUAGGAACCCUCAACGCCGUCGCACUUACCCUGGUCAGCGGCAUCAGAGCGUUUUCACCAGCCUUGUUCGCAAGUCUCUUCGCCACGAGCGUCCGCAGUAGGAUCGGGGGCGGCCACUUGAUCUGGGUCCUGAUGAUCGCAUUGGCGGCUGGUUUUACUGUCGUGAGCCGGUGGGUGCCGGAGCGGGAGAAGUUGGUGAAAAACGCCCGCUGUGAUGAGCACGGGGAAGAGGAAUAG